UCUCUCUCUCUCUCUCCGCGUCUGCCUUUCCGAUUCCCAGUUGCCCGUUGCCUCCUGGUCGCCUCAGAAUCUCCUCCUCCGCCGGUUCCUCAGGAAUUAGUGGGAUUGGUGGAUGGGUACAUCAUCUGGUUCCAAUCUACACCAACAACCUUCCUCGAGAAUGCUUCCUCCGCGUCAGCAACCACGAGCUGGGGGACUACAGACAUCACUCUCCCUCAUCUCUGCGGAUGCUCGCCUGUCCCCUGAAGAGCCCAGGUCUAAUUCCGACCACAUUCACGAGUCCCCGACUGAGAGUGCUAGUUCCCGCGAGACUUGGCCUACUGCGGAGGCCAUGAUGGCUAAGAAGAUGGAGAAUGGGAAAGUAGAAAAUGAUUUUACUGAACACUCGGUCAUUCGCCGUCUUUCCAAUGGGAAAGUAGAAAAUGAUUUUCCUGAACAAUCGGUCAUUCGCCGUCUUUCCAGUGCUGAUAAGAUAUCUCUUCGGGACAUUGCAAGAGAGAGGGUUGACAUAGUGUGUGAGAAGAUGAAUCAUCUACCAGAUGAGUUUCUGGAAGAACUGAAGAGCAACCUCAGAGUCAUCCUUGAUGGAAAUGGUGGUUCACAGCAAAGGGAGGAAUUUUUUAUUUUGCAAAAGCUUGUUCAGAGUCGAGCUGAUUUAACUGCCAAGACAUUGAUCAGAGCACAUCGAGUACAGCUUGAAAUUCUUGUUGCUAUUAAUACUGGGAUUCUGGCCUUCUUGCAUCCGAAUAUCAGUCUCUCCCAAACUUCGCUUAUUGAAGUUUUUGUGUACAAGAGAUGUAGAAAUAUAGCGUGCCAAAACCAGAUUCCAGCUGAUGAUUGCGCCUGUGAGAUAUGCACCAAAAGAAAUGGUUUCUGCAACCUUUGUAUGUGUGUGAUCUGUAACAAGUUUGAUUUCGAAGUGAACACUUGCCGAUGGGUGGGUUGUGAUUUGUGUUCUCAUUGGACUCACACUGACUGCGCCAUUCGUGAUGGUUUGAUUAGCAUGGGUGCUUCUGUUAAGAGUGGAGCAGGGCCAACUGAAAUGCUCUUUAGGUGUCGCGCUUGCAAUAGGACAUCUGAGCUACUGGGUUGGGUCAAAGAUGUGUUUCAACACUGUGCUCCUGCUUGGGAAAGGGAGUCAUUGAUGAGGGAGCUUGAUUUUGUUAGUAGGAUUUUCCGUGGAAGUGAAGAUUCUCGAGGGCAAAAACUCUUCUGGAAAUGUGAGGAGCUUAACGAAAAAAUAAAGAAUGGAGUUGCAGACUCAACAGCAGCUUGUCGAGCAAUAUUGAUGUUUUUCCAAGAGCUAGAGGUAGACUCUCCGAAGAGCCUGGAAAAUGGGGAAGGUGGACGACUGAUAGCGCCACAGGAGGCUUGCAAUCGAAUUGCUGAAGUGGUGCAGGAGGCCAUAAGGAAGAUGGAAAUGGUGGCUGACGAGAAGAUGAGAAUGUACAAGAAAGCCCGGAUGGCUGUAGAGGCUUGUGACAGGGAACUCCAGGACAAGGCCAGGGAAGUUCAAGAGCUAAAGCUUGAGAGGCAAAAAAAGAAGCAACAAGUCGAGGAGCUGGAGAAAAUUGUGAGGCUCAAAAACGCAGAGGCUGAUAUGUUCCAACUCAAGGCCAAUGAGGCUAAACGAGAGGCUGACAGGAUCCAGAGGAUUGCUCUUGCCAAGUCAGAUAAAUCGGAAGAAGAAUAUGCUAGUAGUUACUUGAAACAGCGUCUGAGUGAAGCAGAAGCUGAGAAGCAGUUUAUUUAUGAGAAGAUCAAACUCCAAGAAACUUCCCGGGCAUCCCAGAACAGUGGUGGUAGUAUUGAUCCUUCUCAGAUGCUGAUGUAUUCGAAAAUGCAUGAUCUGCUUUACAGUGGUGCUCCCAAGUCAGACUGCCUGCCAAAUGAGCGCCAUCCUUUCAGAAAAAAUCCUUGAGGAAGUGUUUUUUUUCUUUCUUUCUAGCAUGUUCUGUAUUAUUAUAUCUCAAUUGUAGUAAUGUUACCUUGGUGAAAACUAGUUUGAAUGUGUCUGACUGGUUUAUUAUGAUCUGCCAGCAUCCUUGUUUUGUUCAUCUACUAAUGCUAUGGUAAAAUGCACUGGAUUACUUUCCCUUGUUUAUGUCAA